GCCUGAUCCAAUCUCUUGAUCCAUUAUUUUUGCAAAGAGCCCUUUUACUCUGCUCCCAUAAAAUACUCUGCCUAGAGACAAAUUGAUUCAUCACGAUCACCUUUUUACUAGCUAUAGAAGAGCAAGACACCAUGAUCCAACAGAUUGUCAACAUGAACAACUCUGGCGUUUCUUUCCUGGCCGCAGGAGACAGCCUGAAUGCUUUGAAGUCCUUCAAGAGCGCUCUUGUCCUCAUGGGUAGAGCCGGUGAAGACGAUGACUUCAUGCGCGCUGACACUAUCGUCUUUGGACCUUCUGUACAAGUUGUUGGUCUUGAAGAUCCCUACUUCUACGUGUACAACCAAGCAUUACUAUUGGAUGCCUCUGCAACCGAUCUGACAUGGGCCAACUCUUGUGUGUUGUUCAACCUGGCUCUAGCCUUUCACCACAAGGGACUAACAAGCUGUGAUGCCACCAAGUUGCAAAAGGCACUUCGAAUGUACGAUUUGACUGCACAGCUCAUCUUUGAAGCUGAUCCCAGCGCCACAGCUUUGGCUAUCGCUGCCUUGAACAACCAGGCGUCUGUCUUCUACUCCUUGGGAGACUACCCCCGUGCACAAGAGCGCCUCGACAGUGUCCGUCAGGCGGCUGACCUCUUGCCUGCAAGCUCCGCAAGCCCCCUUGAACCAGUGUGCCUCGAUGAAAUCUUCCUCAAUGUUGCUAUUGUCAGGCCUCCCGCUAUGGCUCCCUGUGCCUAAAUGUUUUGUUAUUUGAAUAUUCCGCCCCUGUACCUUAUCUCCUCCUGUACAAAACACAAGCAACCCCACAGCCUGCAGCUCGCUUUGAUCUCGCGAGCAUCUAAAAAACCAAGAAGCUGAAAGCUUCCAUCACUCUAUUGCUAUUGCCAAAAUAAUCCUGUAUAGAACUCUACUUUGCAUUC